UGUGGUGUUCAUCCUGCUGCAUUAAAACUGAUGCUUGGGAUAAAAGGUUUAGAGCCAUUCGCAUUCAUCUUGACUUUGCAUCCUCUGCAUCUAAGGUACACAAAGAAGUCAAAUGCUACGAUGUAUGUGGGGUGGUCGGGUGGAUUUAACCCAGUGGCGUAGGAGAUAUAAGUGAAAAGUGGUGUGUGGGAGAAUGGCAGUGUAUUUUUCUACUGUGCUACCACUGGCCCAUGGAGGGGAGCUCUACCCUCGAUCCGUAUUGCCGCACGGUGGGAGUGAAACUGGAGGUACUAUGAAAAUCUGACAUUUGCCUGUACGCGUCAGAAAAGACAGAGCAUUGCGCACAGUGGCAGCUUUGUACUCUGACGUUUUUUGGUAGAGCGCGUGCUCCAAAAGUCUCUGUUAUGCUACUCGUGUGUCUCGUGUAGUGUCCAGUGGUUUUCCGGAGCGUGGAGUUUUCACCGUGAAAAAAUCAUUUCAGGAGGACCAGAGUGCCAACAUCCAAACUUGCCAUUAAAUGAACCCCGUGAUAUUUCAACAUUUCAAUAGAAUACUAUUGCAUCGGAGUUUUCUCGACAUUUGCAUUUAGUGCUUUUGUGUUGUUAGUGAAAUGAAAGACCGGGCAUACGUGACCGGUUAACCAGAGCUGAAACGGUGCUUUCAUCAGCGGGGGAAGAAAGAAAGAGAGAGAAAAGUAUAGAAGGAUCUCCGAGAGAAUAGGGAAGGAUGUGAUAUCGCCAAGUUGGAAAGAGAAAAAGAGAUAGAGCAGUUGGGUGAAGAGGAGAUAUACGAGGCCGUUGGUUAGCCAGUAGUAUCCGAUAAAAAGAGAACGGAGAGCAAUUUGGGCUUUAACACUCUAGAGACAAAUGAAAAGUCAGGGAAUAUAAUACAAUUGCCUCUUCCCAUACACAGUAAGAACUGUUGCAUUGAGAAGUUAAUGGAAACAACGAGUCAAGUUGGCAAGUAAUUUUCAUGCUUGAGUACAUUUUCACGGGAGAAUGGUGAUAAUGGAUGAGGAAACGAAUUGACGAAAGCUCAACUCCUCUCGAACGAAUGAAAAAUGGCAAUUUUAUUAUUAAAUAAAGGAGAAGUAUUAUAGAAAAUUCCGUUUAUACAGCGAAUUGAGGGGAACAAAGGAGACGCACAGGGUCGUACGAGUGAAAGAGAAACGGAUUAAACUACACAUAGCAUUGAAGGAGCGGCACAAAAAAGGCGGAGGAAAAAAAUAAAAGGGAGAAUACUGAACGAAUGGUUGAGUGCGAUAGAGACGGAGGAUAAAGAUGAGACGUGAAUAAAGGGAAAUACCUGUCGAUUGAGAUUUUGAGCUGUUUGGGGAUUUGGUGAUUCGGGGUGCGAGGUGGCGGGUGAAAUUACCACGUGGAUACGUCACAGCAAAAUUCUCUGAAUUUGGGGAUUUUUCGAGUACCAGAAGAAAGUGUGUGUGUGCAGUAAGAGUACCAGAGGGGAAAGGGACAAAGUGGGCGAAUCGUUGCUGUGGAGAUCGAUGUUCAGGGGUGUACGAUGGCCGGGGCGCUGUCCGAGAACGCGCCGAGACCGGUGAGCAUUGUAACCGUUGAUGCUGGCGGUGGUACGAGCGUUGAAACACCACCGGUACCAACAACCGAUCUCACCCACGAGACUAGAUGUCAGAAUGGACGUGAUAAUCGUGAGACAACGCGAUGCUUUGCCUCGACCGAGGCACAAACUGAGAAUACCCCGAGGCUCAUUGAGGAUGAGAUAAGGGAUGCAAGGAGACGAGAGAGAAGGGUCCGGAGGCAUCACCGCAGGGCCAUGAGGAGUUGCUCGAUGCCACCGAGUUAUCCUGGUGUGCCCGGUUGUGUUAAUGCCGCUGCUGGCAUUGGCACAGCUCCGGGUAUGCCCCUGGUACAACCAGUGGGGGGUUUUCUCCAUCCACCGCCACCACAUCUUGGCCUCAGGGGUCUCAGCCUCGGUCUGCCAUUUCCAGUGCCCACCAGUGUUUCUGCCUUCGGCAGGGACGCAGUGCCGAAGCAAUGUUGUGGCUUGGGCUCACCACCAGUUCGCUGGUCAAUUCUCGGUGUUGGCAUCGUCGGGCUAGUUUGUGCAGCUGCUGGAGCUCUACUUGGUGCCCUCAGGGCAACCGGUCGUGACCAUAUAGCCGUAUCGCUUCUCAUGAUUGGUAUAGGAGUGGUCUUAGUGACGGUGAGUGCAGUGGCAUGGCGAGUGACCAGUCGAGAAAAUUGCGGCAGCUUCUUCGGUUUCACAGGGAUCUCAGCAAGGAUUCCACCGGCGAGGCCGAUGCAUCCGUACGCGGCCAUGAUCUAUCCAGAAUUCCAGUUUAGAACACCACCACCGAGUUACCAGGCGAGUAUGCAGGAGUACAGACUCCGGCUUUUACUGCUCGACAGACUCCAGCCAACAUCAUCACCACCACCAACCUACAGAUCGAAUACAGCGAGUAUAAUAGCACCGUGUACAACACGUGAAAGCCGACCACCAAGUUACUGUGGCCGUACUAAUGUCACUCCAAAUGCAACACUGGCGCCGUCCAAGAAGGACGCUAAUCUCGUUAGAAUUGUUCAGACUGAGUCCGAACCAGUCAUACUCAGUGGUGAUCAAACGCCACCCGUGCAGGCCGCGGUUGAGGUACUCGCUCAUCUGUAAUUCAUUCUAAAAACCAGACAAUUAACAUUUUUACGGAAAAACAAUCGGUAAAUGUCAACGUAAAGUGGUGGAUGAUGAUUAUCGCUGUGGCUUCCUGUGCAAUAGUAACGAAAAUUAUCCAUCGAAAAAAUUUAAUCGACCACCAAAACACUUGGGUAUAAAAAUUUUUUGGAUAAAAAGAGAGAAGAAAAUUGGAAAACCUUAACCGAGAAAUGUUAAACCGCUGAAACGAAAGUGCACUUCACAUCGGCCUCAGCCCGGAUGUAAGUAAUUGUGUGUCACAUUGGAGAACAUGAUGCGUUUGUUGGGGCACAGGGAGGCGGACAUUUGUUAUGCUUUACUCCUUGGACAACGAUUUAACGCUACGGUUGUCCUUAACUUGUCUCUGCACACUGUAGAUAGGGAUACAAACUUCCGCUCUUCCGUAAAUUUUUCCAGUGCUGUAUAUUGCUCGUUGUGCUUCGUACCUGUGAUUUUUUUUUUUUUUUUUUUUUUUCACUGGGCGUCGACAGACCAUGAGAGGUGGGACGUUUGUCUUCGGCUGUGUGUCACAGAUUCAACGGCAUUGCUCUAUUUGUUUUGUUCCGGUGAAAUAGACUUUUGAGGCAGGGGAAAAUAGAGUACACCGAGAGAAAUUUUUGUGAGGAAAUUCACCUGACAAUGGCUCGAAAAUUUUUCAUUGAAAUGCAGGAAACGUGGGGUUAAAACUAGAAGUGGAGAAUCCACUUUUUGGGAAAUAAAGUCUCGUGUAGAUUUUAUUCCUUUCAUUGGGCAGCAUUUUGUCAGCAUAUUAACGAACGUAGUUGGGCAGUUAGUGAAGAGAAAUUCCCGUCUCAAUAAAUAUGAUGUAUGAUGGGCAUUAGGCAAUCUCAUCCGGUAGAAUUGAGGGGAAAAUACUGUUUACCGGUUGCCCUUUUAUCGUGACAAGAAAAAUUAUUCAUUUCCGUCCGGCCCUUCACAUUCAUUAUUUAUAUUUAUAAUUGAAAAGAAAUUGCAAAUUUCACUACGAAUCAAAUGAGUACAUGGGAAUUAAUGAUUUCAAAUGACGGAGAAAAAUUUUCAAAAUUACCUCUGGACAUUUGAUUCAAAAAAUUUAAACGAUUUCAUAAUUAUUCAUAAUCUUUCACCAGUAAAUUUUUUCCAUUCUUCUUCUCCGGGCACUCGUACCACAUGCAAAUUCCCCAAAUUCUCAUCUUUUUCUGCCUUUCGAUGAUACGAGAUAGACGAGGGUAAUAUUACCGAAUUCCACUAUUUGAAAAAAAAUUCCACUCGUGACCUGCGUUUGACUCCAAUCCUGGUGACUUUUUUAAUCGUAUUUCAAUCCCCAACCCGAAGUAUUUUGCUAUCGCAAUAGGGUCAUCGAUUCUGCCAGAUGGAAAUUCAAAUAUUUCUGCGAUAAAAAUUCGAUAUACCAGCCAAUAUCGAGUUUGUGUUCUCCAGUGUGUCAAAUACCACGUAAACUAUUGUUUUUGUUUCGUUUGUUUUUUGGAUUGUUCAUUAAAUCAAUGUAUACAUUUUGGUUAAUCUGGCUCAGGCAAUUUCACAUAUGUCCUUUCAUUUUAACGAUUUAUUAUAAUUGAGGGAUUUGCUGAAUUUAAAACCGAGUGAUAAUUGGAACAGAUAGGCAGGAUGGAGAAGAAUCCUGGUUAUUCGGGACUCCGAGUGUGCAAUUAAAAAGCGUGAAGAAGAAUUUCACGGUACGGUACAUGGCCAAAUGGUAGUGCAGUGAUUAUAUUUAUUCAUUCUCAAUGUUUAAAUUAUACAAAGUCACUGGGCGAGCCGCAUAACAUCUCACAUCCUCUCGAUUUUCAAAGUCACACUUUCUUUCCACGUUUUUUUCAUACAUUUUGUAAAUAGAGGUCUUGCGACUGAUAAUGGCUUUUUUCUUUGCCGUUAAUGUUUGGAUAGUGUAUUGCUUAGUGGAGGUAUUGGGCGGUAUUCAGUGAAUUGCGUUGGAAUUUUGCAUAUUUUGUAGAGUUUUUUUUUUCAAUUACCGUCAAUGUCGAGAGACAAUUAGAAUUUCAAUGUGGACGACACCAUUAACGCAAUUGCUGUGAAGAAUUACAAGUGACGAGUCUGUUUUUCCGACACCUCUCUGAAAAUCGUGAGAAAAAGGUCAGUGAGAUAAGGACCAGUGGUGGUAACUUUGUUUUAGUGUUUACAUAAUUUCGAGGCUUUUAUGACAAGAAAGCCUAACGAGAGAUUACAAUCUUCUCCUCAGUACCACUUCCACUCGAACAAUUGUUCUCGUAGAAACGUGAUUACGAUGGAAACGAGUAUUUCUCUGUUGGCAUUUGAUAUUUCGAAUGAGUUUCAAUAUUUUCUCCAAGUGCCUGGAACUUGAACGUGCAAAACGAGGGAUCGUUAAUCUUAUUGAUUUAUCAUCUCGGAUUCAUAAAUUGAUGUAUUUGAAAUAUGACAUGCAAUUCGUUUUUAAAAUGAACGUUUUGUUUGUAGACUAACGUAUGACAUUCGGCUUGCGCUGUUCGAUGGCGAUAAAAGUUAACAUUUUAUGUAUCUCGGUAGUUGUCUUUGGAAUCUGAUACCCCAUAAUACCAAACUCGCAAUGCAUACAGAGGUAUGAAUUAAAGAGGAUUGACUGAAGUAGAGGCUCAGUUCUGGGGGUUGGAGUGACCCCAGCGGCAUCGUAGUACUGCACCCCAAGAGAGGGAGAGCGCAACACGCAACGCUGUGGUGUCCAUCAAGUCGACGGGGUGAAUUUUAUUUUCUGCGGUAUGAAUGCUUUUUGUUUUUCAUUUAUUUAACUGAA